UCUUUGGAUCCCUCUCUUAUCCUCUGUCUGUUUUACCAACGUCGGCUUCUAUUGAGGGGAAAAAAAGCCUUUUAUUCGUUAUUGGUGGGCGUUCAAAGCAACGGGCUGCCCUGCUGUCUUUCUUGUUUCUGUUAAUCGUGGCUGUCCCCUCCCUUACCUCGUGCCACCGCCCCUCUCUCUGAGGAGAGUGAGAAGAGAGAACAGGAGAAAGCGUCUGUUCUGUGAUCGCUGGAUGAAACAUGACGGCAGUGCUGGACAUCAACCAGGUUUCCUGUGCAUUGACCAGUGUGGAGCAUGACAUUGAGACUCCUCACGGUGUCCUUCAUGUGACUUUGAGAGGGACUCCUAAAGGCAACAGACCGGUCAUUCUCACCUAUCAUGACAUCGGACUCAACCAUAAGUCAUGUUUCAACACACUGUUUAACUUCGAGGACAUGCAGGAGAUCACCCAGCACUUUGCUGUGGUCCAUGUUGACGCUCCAGGCCAGCAAGAAUCUGCCCCUCCUUUCCCCACCGGGUACCAGUACCCAACCAUGGAUGAGCUUGCUGAGAUGCUACCCUCAGUUCUGACCCAGCUGAAAAUCAACAGCGUGAUUGGUAUUGGUGUGGGUGCAGGAGCUUAUAUCCUCACUAGACUGGCUCUGAAUGAGCCUGCUCUGGUGGAGGGGUUGGUUCUCAUCAAUGUGGACCCCUGUGCUAAAGGCUGGAUCGACUGGGCUGCCUCUAAGUUGUCUGGAUGGACCAGCAAUCUAGUAGACAUUGUGAUGGCACACCAUUUCAGCACGGAUGAGCUGACGGAGAACCAGGAGAUCAUUCAAACAUAUCGUCUGCACAUCGCUCAGGACAUCAAUCAGGACAACCUGGCUCUCUUCUGUCAAUCCUACAACAGUCGGCGAGAUCUGGAGAUUGAGAGGCCCAUCUUGGGACUUAAUGAAAAUACGGUCAAAACACUGAAGUGUCCUGCCCUGCUUAUAGUUGGUGACACAUCACCAGCGGUAGAGGCUGUGGUUGAAUGCAACUCAAGGCUAAAUCCAACCAAGACUACUUUACUCAAGAUGGCAGAUUGUGGUGGACUUCCUCAAGUUGUCCAACCGGGUAAACUCGCUGAGGCUUUCAAGUACUUUGUCCAGGGAAUGGGCUACAUCCCUCAUGUGCUACUCAGCCACCUGAACAGCGAAUCAGUGCCCACUGCCAGUAUGACCCGUCUGGCUCGAUCUCGCACUCAUUCGGCCUCCAGCAUGGGGUCGGCGGACGGCUCGCGCAGCCGCGCACAUACCAGUUCACAGAUGGAGGGCGCCACAGGCGGCCCCGUCCACGACAACCAGAACAGACCACAAACCAUGGAGGUUUCCUGCUAAAGCACCCAGAACCAAGCCACCAUUUCACCUGGCAUCAUCCGCGUGUUUGACCUUCUGCACCUCAGAUGGCUUUCUGUCCAUUUUGCGGUUGUUUCCAUCCGUUUUUCCACUUUGUUCUACUUGUUCUCGUGGCCAGAGAGCGCUGGUCUAUAAUGAAGGGAUGCACUGUUUGAUGUCUAGCACUCCAUGUAUUUAAUAUAUUCGAAUAUUUUUCCACUGCAUGGAAGCACACUAAUUGUUUGCCGAUGUUUUUACCUUCAUCUUGAUUGGCUUAUUCUUUUAUAUCCUUGUCAUCCGUUGGAGAUUCGUUUCCACUCUCAAUAUGCUUCUUGUGUAUAUAUUUUGCUGGAGGCUGUUGUACAUGUAUAUUGAACAUUCAGAGGGUGUUCUCGUCUGUAGCGGGAGAGUUUUCGUUCCCUCUCUUGCUGUCUCUCUAAAGUCUUCCUGCCCCUUUUGUUUACUAUCAAGAUGACCAAACCACAUCACUUCCUCCUUAUCUACUUUUUUCUUUAGCACUCUAUUUUCUAGACUGAUUUCUGUCUCUAGGGUUUCUACCGCUAUUACGGUUUGAUUUUAAUUGGCUGUCUCCCCUUGUAGUGUUUCUAGAAUAAAAUCUACUAAUUAGCAUUUCCCAAUUUGAAGUGUGCAAUAGACAUUUAUAUUAGUGUUAAAUAUGUUUAGAUCUGCAAAUGGUUAAUUCAGUUUGAUUAUCAUCUGAUUGUGUUUACAUGGAGCACUGUACUAAGUUUUAAACCAGAAACCCCUUAAGAGCAAAGACUUUUGCUUAGGUUUCCACUUAAGUUGAUGUACAAUAUUUUUCACAGCUUGUGCUCGGGAGAUCAGCUACACUAAAACAAGCCAGUAACUGAAGCUAAGAUCUGUAGCUCAUUCAAAUAACAGUUAUAUUUACCAUAGAGGGCAUGUAGAGGUAUAAAACAGCAUGAUUCCUCUAAAUGCACUGUACAGUAGUAACUGGUAAAUGACCUGUAUGCUUCUGGCCUAAGGUUGUCUGUUCAUUCUAUACAGCAGGCUGAUGUUCCAGUAACCUCUUAUUAUUUUGGACUACUGUUAGUUUGACGUUUUAUUGGUCUUGGUCUUUAUUAUUUCAAUGGAUGGCAAUUCCCUGUUGAUUGCUGAUUGUACCGCUGCCUUGAGUGAGUUUGUGAUGUGCUUUGUCCUCCAAGCAUUUAGGGGGCGCUGUACUGCAUACUGUCUUCUGAGUAUAUCGAUUUGUACGAAUAUUGAAAUAAAGUAGUUGUACAUAAAA